ACUGACAAACACACACACAUUUAAAGUGAUCAUGAAGGAGGGAGCCGUCUGUUUAAAGCUUGCUGCAGUUUCAAACUGAUGUCUCGGGACUAUGAUGAACAGCAACUCCCCCACAUUUCAACUCUGACCUCAAGGAUUUGCAGAGAAACAGUGAGCGAGGGAGGGAGAGAGAAAGAAGCAAAGGGAGGUGGGUUAAAGGAAUUCUUCAGUCAGUGGGGUCUCUUCUAGUUAAGAAACAGCCUCGGUAAACCUCAGAAAAGCCACUGGCGAACCAUCUAAGAGCAACACUAUCCUGAGAACCUAUGCUUAUUUGCGUACUCUUCUGAAAGAAAUAUGAAGUAAGAGAAGAAACAAGACGAAAAGGAAGAAGAAAAACAAUCCACUGCCUACUCAAAGAAGCCAGCUGCACACACAGAAGUUAGACCAGUGCAAUAGGCAAAGCAUUGAAGAAAGGGAAAGGAGAAAAUCAAGAAAGGAGCGAGAUCCAAGAGUCAAGCUGUAGCCAGCUGAAGCCAGUGGAAUGGACCUAGGUGCCAGUUGGAUUAACCCCCACGUACCCGCAGUGCUGUCUGAGGAGGAGGGCUGAGGAUCUGCUGCAAUGACAACAAACUCCUGAAUGAGGAUGAAUGGAGAUGUUCUUUAGCUAAGCCUCAAGACAACACUCUUGCCAAUUCCACCUCUGUGUGGACAGCUGGAGGAGGAGGAGGAGGAGGAGGAGAGGAGCCAGGGGGCCCAGAGCACUGCUGGUGCUACUGCCCCAGAGGAAAGGCAGGGGAGCGGGCAGGACACUGAGGAGGAACAGGGGACAGAGGAGGGACACGAGGGAGGGGGAGAAGUGGCGGGCAUCAGGCGUCGCAUGGCCGUGCAGAGGCUAGUGGCGGCGGCGGUGGCGGUAGCCCUGCUGUCCCUAGUCUUAAACAAUGUUGCAGCCUUCACCCCAAGCUGGGUCCUGCAGGCCCUGGAGGACGGACGCAAGCGGAGCGUGGGACUGUGGAGGAUGUGCCCCACUGGUGGGGAAAGGGGCCGCGAUGAUCUCCAAGCUGGGAGAAGGGGGCAGGGGACACAGAGGCAGUGUGAAAACCUGGGAUGGGGAUCUGAGUAUGCAGGCUCCCAAGAAUCUCGCAGCACUGUCAAAUUGCAGUUUGACAUGAUGCGGGCAUGUAACCUGAUGGCGACGGUGGCCCUGACUGCCGGUCAGCUGAUCUUCCUUCUAGGCCUGAUGGAACUACCCUUCAUCACACAGGAAUCCCAGUGGUGGGAGGAGGCCAUUGCUGCACUCUUCCAGCUAGCCAGUUUUGUGCUGGUGAUUGGACUUGUGACCUUCUACCGGAUCGGGCCCUACACACACCUGUCCUACUCCUGCUACUUGGACAUAGCUGCUUGCCUGCUGGCCACGAUGGCUGCGGCCAUGCUCAUCUGGAACAUUUUACAUCGCCGUGAUGACUGCCUUGCACCUCCAGUUAUAAUCAUCAGUCGCUCACUGGCCUCACCUUUCCACCCACGUCUCAACAAUGACUAUGUGGAGUCGCCUUGUUGAGCCACGUGAAACAAACCAAUAAAGGGUAACUAACAAGGAUAUGCUCUUACAGUAUUCAUGUUUUACUCCAGCCAACAGCCUCCAAAGUGACUCUCAAGAGAAAAUGACUUUACCGCUGGACAGCUGGACUAACAUGUACCUGCGACUGUAAAACUCUAUAUUUCACAACUGUUCCACCAUAAACAAAGAUAUACGAAUUAUUUUGCAGCUUAGUGCACAAAAGUCACAGAUUUAACUUAAAUUUCUAUAUAAAGCAGCCCUAAACUUGCAAACAUGUUCAAUACUGUAUGAUGUUUCAUUUAUUCAUGCUUGGGUGAGCUAAUUAGUAGAUAAAUUCGGACCGUCUUGUAUGAACCAUCCUGCUUAUGAAAAGAUCAAGCUGGAACUUGACCUAUUUUGUUAUAUGUGCACUUAUUAAAUCGCCUCCUGCAUAAUUAUAAAUUGGAAAUUGAUGUUGAAAAUGUAAUACCAAAAUACCUCAUAUUUGUUUUCCAUCCAUUUAAUGCUUAUUGCAAUCUUUAAUACAUAUUAAUAUUAAUGAUAUAUGCUGCAAGUAAGUAGGUAAACUAACAAGGUAAAAGCUGAAGAGUCAGUCAACCUCAGCGAACGCUUUGAUUGGUCUGACCCAAAUGAGAAUUUUUACAGGCAAUGAGAGGUGAUAUUUUUAUUAAAUAAACACAUACCUACUGAAAAACACAAGGGCAUAUUCUCACUCUCUGAGUCAUUGCCACAAGAAUAUUCUCCCUUUUGAAAAAAGAAAUAUCCCCUGCCAAUUCAUGUAUGUGAAUUGAUUUGGAAUUUUUAAGCAGUAUUUGGUAAAUUAUUAGUAACAAAGGUUUUGGCGAUAAACAGCAUUUUUUAUAUGACAUAAACAUUUCAAUACUAGUUCAUUUUUUAUGCUUUCCAUAUGAAACUCUGCACGCUUGUGGUACAUAAUGUAUACUUAAAUUAAUAUAAUAUAGUUGUAUAAAGAAUAGUGCUAUUGUUAGUAGUAUUAUUGUGACCAUAUUAUACUUCUGCAAAGAACUCCAGGCUAUCAUAGGGGCUCAUUAAAAUAAUAAUAUAUCAUAUAAAUUCAAUAAAUUUGUAGGUAAACAUCCAAA